AUUGUUCACAAAACACUGGUCAUUAGUUUUGGGCGAUAACCGAUCCAGGAAACAGCAACUCCCACCGCUGAAAAAAUAUCACCCCUGGAUGGAAAUGAAGGUUGUUGAAAAGGAUGAAUCAGUGAUCUUCUGGAAUUAGAAAAGACAUUUAGGAAAGGACUUGCUGGUUUUUGAAGCUAUAACAACAACACAAAGACCAAGCACCUUGAAAGAAAACUAAAAUGAAUUCUAGCCUCAGGAGCACAGAAACGGUUGAAUAUUGCUACAGUUUUGCGGAGCAGUCUUGCAUGAAAGCCAACCGAUCAAAUGGCCUCCGAGUAUCCCUUUAUCUGUUUGGUGUGGUGGCAAUUCUGGUGACAGUAGUUGGUAAUAUGUUGGUGAUCAUUUCAAUCUCGCAUUUCAAAAAACUCCACACACCCACUAAUUAUCUAAUUCUUUCGUUGGCAGUUGCGGAUUUUCUGCUUGGAUGUAUGGUUAUGCCGUACAGUUUGGUGAGAUCUAUAGAAAACUGUUGGUACUUAGGGGAAAUGUUUUGCAAACUUCAAUCAAGCUUUGAUUUUAUGCUUUGUGCAGCAUCAAUAUUCCACCUGUGCUUUAUCUCUAUUGAUCGAUAUUAUGCAGUAUGUGACCCGCUGAAAUACAAGACCAGAAUCACACUUCAAAUUGUCCUCAUGAUGAUCUUCACCAGUUGGAUUCUUUCAGCAUUUGUCGGUUUUGGCAUGAUAUGUUUAGAACUGAAUUUAAUUGAAAUUAGGGAUUUCUAUUACCGACAAAUUUAUUGUUAUGGUGGCUGUAUACUGCUGAUGGGGAAAUUCUGUUCAGUGAUUUAUUCACUAAUUUCUUUUUACCUCCCAGGAUUUAUAAUGCUGUGUAUUUAUACGAAGAUUUACUUUGUAGCUACAAAACAAGCUCGAGCCAUUAAUGACAUUGCAAGGCAAACCCAAGCUAUCAAAGACAGUAAAAACAUAAGUUCCCAGACAAGUGAAAGAAAAGCUGCAAAAACUCUUGGAAUAGUGAUGGGUGUAUUUUUAAUUUGCUGGUCUCCAUAUUUCACUUCUAAUUUCAUAGACCCUUUCAUUGAACACUCAACCCCACGCAUUAUGUUUGAUCUCUUUUUUUGGUUUGGAUAUUUAAAUUCUGCAUUUAACCCAGUGAUCUAUGCAUUUUUUUAUUCUUGGUUCAGAAAAGCCCUAAAAAAUAUGUUAACCUUUAAAAUAUUUACAACUGAUUCCUCAAGAAUAAAUCUAUUUUAAGUUAAUUACAUCAAAAUAGUGUAAAGUUUGUGAAGCUAGAAAGGAAGGUGCUGCUGUUCUUAAUAUAGUUUCUUUUUACAUUUCUAUAAUUUAUUAUUUUAUCUCAAUGUGCUUUGCAAUUAUAUCUUUGAAAUAUAUAAAAUGAGUUGUUGCAAUGAAUACCAUCAAGUUCAAUUGGUUAUCAGCUGCAAGGAUUUGUCAAAUGUGAUUCAAGUGUUUUGAAAUAAUAUGAAAAGUGAUUAUGGUGUUGUAUUAUGAUCUUCUACAUGAAUAAAAGUCUCC